GUGGGCCUACAUGAUGGAGAAAAGUGAUCAGCAAGGGUGGUGAGCUUUGUGGGCUGAGAGACCUCCCUCAACAUAGACCCUUCAACCCAGAACAGUUUCAUAGUUAGAAGUGUGCGAAAGGACAAGAUGAAGCUCAUUCUUCUAACGUUUAUACUUUAUUGUAUAUGGCUGACAAGUGUUGAGGUAUCAGGUGAGGAGCCUCCAGUAACUUGCUGUCUUAAGGUGUUAAACACCAGAGUACCAAUUGGAGACAUUUUGGAUUACGAAAUACAAAACAGCCGUCCAUGUAGCAUCAGAGCUAUACGAUUCCACACCAAAAAAGGCAAAACAGUUUGUUGGGAUCCAGAUGAGAAUUGGGCUAAAAGGGCAAUGCAAGCAAUAGAUUUGAGAACGACAACGAAACCUACCAUAGGACCCCCUAAGUGCAUAACAAGUACAUCCACCGGCAUCUCAACUAAAGCAAUCAAAACACCAGGACCAGAGACUAAGACCAGCUCAAGAACAGUAACAUCAAUCUCAACUGCUCCAUCAACAGUGACCACACUCAAAACGACAGGAUUACAGACAAAAAUCAGGAGAACGUCCUCCAAACCAGCUAUAGUAUCCACAGAGACCUCACAAUCUCCACUGAGUUCAGCAAAACAAUGUACAGAACCAAAUCAAUCAACGGAAACAUCACACAAACCAUCUGGAAAAGACACAGAAGCACCACAGACAACUUUUACAUCUUCAACAAAGGACAGAACAACAACAAGGAAAACAACACUGCCAAAAAUCAUCCAGAGAAAGAGAGGGAAAAGCAAGAAACAACUUAGGAAAUAUCAAAUGAGAAUGGGACCUCAAGGAUAAAUCAACGGGAUAGUUUUAUUUCUAUAUGCCGUACAGUAAGUCUGAAUGUACUCGGUUGUGAGUUAAAGCACUACAGACAUUACAUCAUUCUUGUCCAGGUCUUUUUUUUUAUUUCGCUUUAUUUUGAUUGGAAUUUCAACCAAUGGUUUGUAUUCUGUGUUUCUGCUAAGAGUAUAAUUUAUUAUAAUUUGCUUUAUCAUUGCAUCAAUAAAUUAUUUUAAUAAAUAUUUGUUUAUAUGG